AUGGCGGAGAAGCUCAAAUUUCUCGACCUUACAAAUUGUGCAUCCAUGGAAAAUACGGACUUCCUCCCAGCUUUUAAGAAUUUAGAGGUUUUGAUCCUCAACGAUUGUUGGGAGCUGCUUCAAAUCGACUCUUCAAUUGGUGAUGCGAAGGGCCUCCGUCGCUUGGAGUUGAGCAACUGUUGGAGCCUCACGAAGCUUCCGGAAGAAAUAGGUAAAUUAAAACAACUGGAGCAACUCCUUCUACGGUAUACUUCGGACCUUUCUGCGUUACCGGACAGCAUAGGAUCUUUGCGGAAUCUAGAGAUUCUAAAUAUUGCUGGGAGUGAUAUUUACGAAACCGGUACGGAAGAAUUACCAAACUGUAUUGGGAGGCUGAGAAAGCUCCGAGAUUUAAAUGCUUCAUAUUGCAAAAAUCUCAAAGGGGAAAUGCCAGAAAGCAUGGGGUCUUUGGAGAAUCUAGAAAUUCUAGAUAUUUCUGGAACCCGCAUAGAAGAAUUGCCCAUAGGUAUUGGGAGGCCGAGAAAGCUCCGAGAUUUAAAAGCUUCGGAUUGCAGAAAUCUGAAAGGGAAAAUGUCGGAAAGCAUGUGUAAUCUUUCUUCCCCGCAACGCCUUAAUUUUUUUGGCUGCAAGGAGCUCCAAUCGUUGCCGGACCUUCCUUCCAGCUUGACAUAUUUGGGAGUCACCUGUCAAAGUCGCAAAUUGCCUUCACUUUCCCACCUAACCCAUCUCAAAGAGCUAGAAGUUGAGAACCGCAAAUUUCUUGAGUGCAUCCACGAGCUUCUGCCAACACUACUAAAGAAUUCAGAAUGCUCCCAACCGACGGGCUUUGAAGAAUCAGAGUCACCACAAUCCCUAAACACUCCCUUCAAGUUGGAGAUCUUGAAAGUCCAUGAAUGUAAAUCUAUUGAGAUGCUGGACGUUUCGCAGUUUAUCCAUCUCGAGGAAAUUAUCAUCCAUCAUUGCGUGAAUUUACAUGAAGUUCGAGGUCUUGAUAAACUGAAAUAUUUGGAAUGCUUGAUUGUUGAUUCCUGCGAUUCAGUUGAACGGUUGGACCUUCCAAAGUUCGGGGGUCCGAAGAUAGUGAAUGUUGAAUAUUGCAAAAGCUUAGUCGAAAUUCAAGGUCUUGAAGAGUUGGAGUUCUUGGAAACCCCGAAUAUCUCUAAGUGUUCAUUGCAAAGGCUGCUGCUUCCACAAUCCGGGAGUCCGAAGAAGUUAAAUGCUAGUGAAUGCACCAAAUUAUACGAAAUUCGAGGCCUCGAUAGGUUGGAGUUUUUGGGAGAGCUAAAUAUCAGUCGCUGCACUUCAAUUAAAAAGUUGCAACUUCCGAAAUCCGAGGGUUUGAUGAAAUUAAUUCCCGAUGGGUGCAAAAUGUUGGCCGAAAUUCAAGGUCUCAAUAUGCUGGAGUUCUUGGAAGUGUUGGAUAUCUCUCGGUGUGCUUCAAUUGAAAGGCUAGACCUUCCAAAAUCCGGGAGUAUGAAGGAGUUACAUGCUAGAGGCUGCGUAAACUUAGCCGAAAUUCGAGGGCUCGAAGGGUCGGAGUUCUUGAACAAGCUGGAUAUCUCUGGAUGUGUUGCAAUUGAAAGGCUGGACCUUCCAAAAUCCGGGAGUAUGAAGGAGUUACAUGCUAAGGGCUGCGUAAACUUGGCCAAAAUUCAAGGGCUUGAAGGGUUGGAGUUCUUGAAAAAGUUGGAUAUAUCUGCAUGCGCUGCAAUUGAAAGGCUGGACCUUCCAAAAUCCGAGAGUAUGAAGGAGUUAUAUGCUAGAGGCUGCGUAAACUUAGCCGAAAUUCAAGGCCUCGAUAGGUUAGAGUUCUUGGAAGAGUUGAAUAUCUCUAAGUGCACUUCAAUUGAAACGUUGAACCUUCCAAAAUCCGAUAGUCCGAAGAAAUUAAAUGCUGGAUAUUGUGAAAGCUUAGUAGAAAUUCAAGGCCUUGGUAGGUUGGAGUUCUUGGAAAAGUUGGAUCUCUCCGGGUGUUCAAUUGAAAGGCUGGAUCUUCAAAAGUCCAAGAUGCUGGAGAUAUUAGAUGCAAACAAUUGCGCAAACUUAGUCGAAAUUCAAGGUCUCAAUAUAAUGAAAUGCUUAACAAUGUUGAAUGUCUCUGGGUGCACUUCGUUUGAAAGGCUACCAACCUUAUGUUGCUUUGACUACUUGAAAAGUUUGACUAUCAAUGGCUGUGACAAGCUUCAAGACAUACAGAGCCUAGAGAGAUUCCCAUCCUGCAAAAGUUUAUGGAUUGAAGGUUGCAAGUCCUUAGCAAAAUUACCGAACUUGUCAAGUUUUCAUGAUUUACGAGAAUUGUUCCUGUCAAACUGUCAUGAACUUCGAGAGAUCCCGGGGCUUGAGGAGUCAAUAUCUCUAGAAUCUAUUGCUAUCUCGGGAUGUUCCUCGAUUGAGAUCUUACCAGAUUUGUCAUCGUGUACCCGCUUGAUGAGUCUGAUUGUGCAAGAUUGCGAGCGGCUGACUGAGCUUCGAGGGCUCGAGAAAUUGGAGGAACUAGUGGAAUUGGACAUUUCCGGAUGCAAGUCACUCAAAACAAUUCCAAAAUUAUCCGGAGUUCAACUUUAUCAGAAUUACGAGAUGAAGACAUUUGCAUGUGGCCGAAGUGAAGAUUGCGGGGUGGAAUCUGGAGAAGGAUUUGCUGGUGAUGGUCACACGGGACCCAAAGGUGGUGCUUCAUGGCUUCAAUUGGCGGAGGCUGUGGACAAUCUCUCCUGGUAA